GAGAAGCGACGUUAUGGCGCGCAGUGCGGGGAGUGCUCGGCAAGGAGAGCGCUCAGUACGCCAGGGUUAUGAUGGCGGACGGACGCGCGUCCUUCCUCACUCCUCUUACAAGAUAACUUAUCCCUCUCCCAGAAAGCUUACCUGUGUGGGUUAUUCAGUACUGAAGAAGGCAGAAGCAUGGAGGGAGAGCACAAGGGUACAGACGGCAGCUGUCAAGUAAUUUGCAGUACGAUGUCGGAAUUAAAGGCAGAACAUGACUCGACACCGCUUACUCAAGACACUAUUGCGGAGGAAGAUGAUAAUCUUAGCGACAUGGGAUCACACACAGGAAGUGAACGCGAUGCGAUGUCAGAGGCAGGCUCAGAAACCCCAUCCAUGUCAGACAAGUCUAGUCUCCGUAACAAUCACUCAGCGUCCAACACCCCUACAACCACAAGAUCCACACGAAGUAGAGAUAACCCAGAAUUUGCUGCUAAGCAAAAGGUCUUCAUGGCGAAAGUACAAGCAGCUACGGCUGGUGUUGAAAGUGUGAUGGUGAGACCAGAAACGCCUGGGAAGAGAAAAAGAGACAGUAGUGCCCAGGGAUCAGCAAAGAAAAGAAAAUCAGGAAAGGUGGAUAAUAAUGGUCAGGAUUAUCAGAAUGAUAACUAUUGUUGGGAGUGCCAUCGAGAAGGUGUUUUUAUCUGUUGCGAGAUGUGCCCGAGAGUUUUCCACCUCAAGUGUGCUGGAAUGGAGAAAGAGCCAGAGGAAGACUGGGCAUGCAGCGAAUGCCAUGCUGUGAUGCAGGCAGAAAAUAUUGAAAAUCGAUCGAGGUCUAUGCAGCUUAUAUCCGUGGAGCAGCUCUGUACACUACUGAAGUUUGCCCUCAAUCGUCUCAAAACAAUGCCAGGGAUGGAGCCUUUCACAAAACCCGUGGACACAACAGAGUUUCCAACGUAUGAAGAUAUCGUGGUGCAUCCAGUAGAUUUUAUGUCACUUGAGAGGAACAUUAAGCGCAAAUUUUAUGGAUCAACUGAAGCAUUCUCAUCUGACGCCAGAUGGAUUGUUCACAACUCUGUUAUUUUUAAUGGAGCUAACUCCAAAGUUUCUUCAAUGGCACGAACGUUGGUGAAAAUCCUCAAACAAGAGAUGAGUGAAAUCGAGACAUGUCCUGAUUGUUAUAUGAACGCUCAUCAGAACCCCAAUAGCUGGUUUACUGAAGCCUGUAGGUCUGCUCACCCCCUAAUAUGGGCAAGAUUGAAAGGAUUUCCUUUUUGGCCAGCAAAAGCAGUCAAGUGGAGAGAUGGCAAUGUAGAUGUAAGAUUUUUUGGAAGACAUGACAGAUCGUGGGUUCCAAUGAAAGAGUGCUUCCUCUUCUCCGAACAGAUGCCAACGCCUCUUAAAAAUAGAAAUAAGACAUUAGAAUCAUGUCUUCAAGAGGUAAAUGAGCACAUAGUUAAACUGAGGGAAAGAUUUGGAAGGUUCAAGUAUGCCCCUCAUCGCGUUCAGUUCAACCCGGCCGAUCCUGACCAAAUCAAGAUCAUGCUUCCUAAUUAUAAAGGACCAAUGGCCCUUAGAGUUCGAUCUCAGUCCAGGGCUCUCUCCAGGUUAUCCGGCCACUCAGAUGAUGAGACGUCAUCUAUAGGGUCGACUGAUAGCGGGGCGUCAGUCAGAAGGCGUAAGAGGGAAUCUGGUACAUCGUCUGCGACUCAAGGAACGGAAACUGAAGUGGAAAUUCCAAAUAGUGAUCCCGUUCAUGGUGAUCACCAUAACAUGACGAGGUUAGGUGACGAAGAACGUUUUACACUUUCACAAGAACACAUUAAGAGAGAGGUAAAGGAUGAAAGACAGAAGGAUUUAGAGGGUGAUGAGGAGGAGGAGGAGGAGGAUUCAAAAAUAAAUGUGAAAUUUUCUUCCAAAACCGGUGAUGACGACUCUGAUGAGGAAAUGGAAAACUGUGACAAGUACCCCGGUGGGAACUACGAAGAUGACGAAAAUUUUGAUGAGGAGGAUGAUUCGUCCAUUGUCAAUGGAAAGACUUUGCAUCCUCGAACAAUAAAUGACCAAAGUGAAGACGAUGAGGAGGACGAGGAGGAAGAUGAGGAAAAUUACACUGAUGAAUAUCCAAGUAACAGGAAAAGGUUUUUAGUGGAUAAUUUAAAAGACGGAAGUGUAGACGAAAUGGAGAGUAAAGAUGCAAGUGAAGACGAGGAUUGUGAAAAGGAUGGUGAAAGGGAAGAAAAAAUUGAUAAUGCAGAAGAGCAGGAAGAGGAGAUCGGUAAUCUUGCUCUAAAUACAGGAGAAGAGGUGCAAGACAAAGAUGGAACUCUGAAGAGUGAUGGAGAAACUCUGUGUGACAUUAAAACGACCUCGAAGAAAGUGAAAAGUGAAAAGCAAGAUUUGGAAAAGGAAAUCAAAGCUCCUGAAAAUGUUGCCUCAAAAGUUUGGCCCAGAAAUGAGGACAUUUUAAAUUUACCAGACAUAAAGCCAUUUGAAAAUGACUCUGAAUUGCCCAGGAGCAGAGAAAGACAAGUGAAUGAUGACUCGGAUAGUGAGAUGGCUGAAAACUGGAUGGGGAAAAAUCUUGAACGGGGGAACAGUAACAAUGGGGUAACUAUAUCGUUGGCCAAAGAGCAACCCAAAUUUGAAGUGGAUGAUAGGAGGUCUGAAAAUGAACAGGCAAACCGGACUAGCCCUAGUUCACGUGUAGCAUCUCCAGUUCAGAAAUUAUCAGAAAGUAGAGACAUGGAGCAUAUAUCUUCCUUAGGAUGUAGUGUAAGUGUAACAAAAGCAGUAGAAAAGGAUAAAGAUAAAGAAAAGGAAAAAGAAAAAGUGAAAAUGCCAUCUGGAGUUGAAUACUACACGCUCAGCCCAUCAAUUUCCAUCAUUCCAAUGUCGGGAGGAAGUGACCGCCAGCGAACUAAAACCACCAUUGCUCCAUCAGCAUCAAGCCCUAGUCGCACAUCACCGUCAGUCUCUGCACAGCAUGCUCCAAGGAGUUCUCCGUCAGUCUUGGUACAAAAUCCUCCUCAGAGUUCACCAUCAACCACACAGGGUGUACCUCCAAGAGUUUCUUCUUCAUCAUCAAGUAGUUCUCCUCAAACUAGUGGCAGUGGCAUUCCCCCUCCACCACCUCUUUCUCACCCUCAGGCUUCUGCAGCAGGUGGUGUAGUCAGAGGUGUAUUUGGUCCUCCCCCAGGCAGCCAAGUUCUGGGAAUGGGUGGUGCUCGUGGGCCUAUCAUGGCUACUCCUGGUAUGAGAAUGAGUGGAGGAGGACCUGGCAUGAUGGUGCCGUCACGUAUACCAGGCGGUCCGCCUACUAGACAUCUACCUCCAGAAGCUGGUCCACUUUCUGCUCAACUUCAUAAGCACUCCCAAAAGCUAGCAGAGGUCAUGCGUGCCACACUCGAGGAUGUUCUAGGUGGUCUUGUGAUGACGGACCCUGAGGCUCGGGUAGCUGCACUUCAGCUAGAAUUGGAGCGCACGAAUUGGAGGCAUCAGCAAGAAACUUGCGAGGUUAGGCAUAAUGCUGAUGUAAUGCUUGUGGAAAUGAGAGCUAAUUUGGAAGCAGAAAAGCAGCGAGCUAUAGAGGAAGUGAAAAGGCAAAUGGAGCAGCAAAUGAUGGAGGGGCGAAGACAAAGAAGGCAGAUGGUGGAGCGACUGGCAGAAGUACGGAGACAAAUGGAAGCAGAAAAACAAAGAGCUGUUGGAAAAAAAAAAAAACAGUGGUGUGCCAAUUUGGGGAAAGGAAGCUUUGGUUUUUUGUUGUGGAACACUUCUUAUUUGAUUUUUCCUUGUCAGCAAUCACAUUGGCCCCAGCACAUGUCAGUGUGUGGCCAGAACAGCGAUGGUGGCGGCGGUGGUGAUGGAGGGCCUGACUCGGUCAACGGGGAGGCCAGCGGACACUCUUCCGGGGAUCAACACCAGUUCAGAACCUGGUGCAGCACAAGUACAUAUAUGAAAAACUGGCAUGACCAAAUUGUUAUUAUAUGUUUAUUUUUGUUUGUAGAUGACGAAGGAGUGGCAGCCAUGGCAGAGGAACACCGCCGCCGCAAACACCGUGAGGAUGAUGUGGGGAGUCUAACCUCGUCCAUAUUAGCCCAGUGCCUCAUCAAAGGGAACAGAGAUCGUCCUCGGAAAAAACCCAGAUCAUCCACUAAAUCUUCAGGUUCAUCGAAAGAAAAAGACUCUGCCUCAAAUGUCUCGCCUAAGGCUCCUAAAUCGCCCAAGGCUUGGAUGGACUGGUUUUUGGAGCAGAGUGGUGCAGAAGGCAUCAAAGAAAAUUUACAGGUCACGCCUAAGACGACCAAGACAAAGACUCGCAAAUCAGGCAAAGUGACAGAUGGUUCCAGGAAAAAGCGAAAGAGCACUCCAUGUGUUCGUAGAAAGAUUGAGCACAUCUUAAAGCCAGAAGAGGUCACUGAAGAAAUGCUGAACCGUGUUGCAACGAAACCAAAGGAAAAAACACACGAUCAGGAAAAUGGAACGUCCUGUCACCAGUGCCGACAAAAAACAUCAGAUACAAAAACUAUAUGCAGGUCUGGGAAGUGUGUAGGCUUAAGAGGGUUUUUCUGUGGCCCUUGCUUACGUACACGAUAUGGUGAAGAUGCUCGUAAGGCAUUGCUGGAUCCUGAUUGGUGUUGUCCUGUAUGUAGAGGGAUAUGUAACUGCUCACUGUGUCGAAAGGCAUUUGGACAACAAGCAGUUGGUCAGAUAGUGCAGAGACUGGGGAAAAUGGGAUACAGCAGUGUGCAACAGUAUCUUGAUUCUAAAAGCAGCAAAGAAGAAAAACCAGAAAUCCCAAUAAAACCUGUUGAAGACAAGCAAUCUCAACUUGACCAUGAGGGUGAUGAGGAAAGUCAGGAUGUCGAGGAUAUGAAAGAGGAAAAACCUGAAUUAGUGGGUGAAAAUGAUGAGGAGAGUCUUUUAGACACUUGACACUGAUUAAGUAGAUGAAUUGUGAAUGAUCUAUGUUAACUUUAAUAUCAAUGAAAUGAUAAAUUUGUUAGUAUGUGAUGUUCGUAUGGUUAGCACCAUAGUACGGUAAUAUAUUUUUUUCUGAAUGACCCUCUUGUAGUACUUUAAAUAGGACCUAAACAUAACUAAUAGGCCUUAAACCUAGCAAUUACUGUACAGUACUACUGUAUUUAAAAUCUUCUUCAGAUGUACUUCGUAUGUCAUUAAACAUCGAAAGUGAAAAAAAUGUGUACAUUAUACUCGUCAUGAAAGUAGAUCGUGAACGAUGUGGACGGUGGCAGUCUGUGACUGGGUAUAGAGUUUAUUUACAAAAUGAUACGAAUUAUGGAUAUUUUUAGCCACUAUAUACAGUAUCUGCCAGUGUAUUGGCAUUGUUUAUAUACUAAUAUUUAUAACUGGAAUAUAUAUACAGUAUCUUCAACCAUUUUAUAAGUAUCUUAUAGGUCAAUUGUGUAUAUAUUCGUACUUGAUUAAUACUAAAGCUAGUGAUUGGGUCGUAUCAUUUUGUUUCAUAGGGGUUGCCUGCUUAGUUAUUAUCAAUAGUUAGUCACACAUUUUGAGGUUAUAUGUUGUAUUAAUUUUGUGGCAUUAAAUUCACACUUUUUGUGUUGUACAAGAUUUGGAACCUAAGAUGCAUGUUAUUGCUAAACACUGUCUUGCAGGAUGCAUUAUUAAAGUUCUUUUUAACUAGCUGCUAGUUGUUUGUGGAGCAUCGCCCCUGCGACCUGGUUCUGGCCUUCUGGUUGAUGUGUCAAUCAGUUGUGUUGUUGAUGAAGUGCACACAGUCCAGCAUAAACAUCACAGCCCUCAGACUGUGCUGCCAGCAUCAAUAGCCUAACUGUUUAGAUUUUUCAACCAGCCACUAAGUGCCAGAUCAGUCAGGCUGUGAAGUAUAUGUGGGAAAGUGGACUGCUGACAGCAGCAGUUAGUUGAAUAGACUUCAGAAAACUCUAGCCCUAGGCCAGGCUGUGAGGAAAGAAAAAAUUCUCGGCACUGUCAGACAAAGGUGGCCAGAUAAAGGAUCAGGCCCUGUGCCACCACAAGGCAUGGUCAUGGACCAGGCCUUGUGGGCGUUGAUUCCUGAAACACACUCAAGGUAGAUACACAAAUAACCCGCACAUAAAAGAGAGAAGCUUAUGACGACGUUUCGGUCCAACUUGGACAUUUACAAAGUCACUCAGUGUGACUUUGUAAAUGGUCCAAGUCGUACUGAAACGUCGUCAUAAGCUUCUCUCUUUUAUGUGCGGGUUAUUUGUGUAUUGUUCCAGUCACGGUAUUGUGCCUUUUUUUUGUCACUCAAGGUAGACUCCAGGCAUGGGGCAAUGACCUCUAGGUUUAUUAACUAGUAGGUAUCUUAAAACUAAUAAUGCAAAUAUGAAGACAGUGUUUACUGAUAAUAAAAAUCUCACUGUGCAAAGAAAAGAAGCCAAAUCUUGUAUUAAUGUUGGUAGAAUUACCUACAAUUUGUUAGGUAAGAGGAUACAUAUGCAACUAAUAUUUGUUGUGGCAAUGUUUUGCUUCAUUGGAGCUUUGUCAAGCCAUUACAGCUCAACAAAGCUCCUGAAGUGUAAAACAUUGCACCAAUAAAAUGUUGCAUUAGUUGCACUUGUAUCCUUUUACUUAAGAAGUCAUAUCUUGCAACCUUAAUUGGUUGUGAUACACAAGUCAGACAUUAUUACUGAUAGUACGUAUAUGUAUCAGUAUCUUCUGACCUUGGCUUCCCACCUGAAAGAUGUAACUACAUAUACCAUAUGCUGUAUAUGUAAAAGUUUUUGUGUGCACAUUUAAAUUUAUCGUAAACCUGGAGGUCAGAGGUCGUGUAGGUGGUUUAGUUAAAGAAGCAAAAGAAAGAAAAGUGAAUCACUGGUAUAUACAACUUAUAUUUUAAGCAGAAAUUAUUAGGCAGCCCCUCAUGAACAUGGUGACCACCCUUCUCUUGUUUCUUGAUUAAAACGGUUACUAUGUAGCUGUUUACUAUUAUUGGUAUGUAUCAUUGUUGCUGCUUGCUUUGUUACUAGUCUCUUGUACAGUGGGGUAAGGGAGAAAUCUCUACUAAUCACAGCGCUGAACAACCCUUACGGGUUUGGCGCCGUUUCUGAUUGUAAUAGUAAUGUACUACGCAAUUGAUUUAGUACAUGUAAAGCGUAGUCUUAUAAUAAACAGUAGGAUCAACAAUAAAAUAAAGACAGCUAUUUUAUGCGACAACAUUUCAAGAAAACUGGAAAUGUCACAAACAAUGGCUGUCUUUUACCCUUGUGGGUUUAGAGCUUAGUUUUGAUUGUAAUCACAAAAAUAAUGGCUGCCUUUAUCAUAUCAUUGAUGCCGCUGUUUAUAAUGUACUGUACUAAUUGAGGCGCUGUUGACGAACACUGUGCCACUAAAUGCCAUAAUGAAAACAUUAAAAAUCAAAUGACAUAAGUCAAAUUUCCACAUUUCUUGGUCAGAUACAGCCAAGGAUUACCAGCCUUAUGGGUUUAUUUUCUUGUUUCAACACAAUCAUCAUUUUCUAUUGUUGAUGUGUGGUAUGUGUGACGUGUGUGUGUAUCUGGACCAAUGAACAUAUAGACUACUUGUAUGUUAGAGCAAUUAAUAUACAACAUUUAGUUUAGAAAUUGAUGCUGGAAACCGUACAGCUAGUAGAGUUUUUUUUUUUCAAUAGCACCCAUUCAAAAUAUUAAUGUAUUACACUGAAUUCAAGUUUGUAGGGAAUACAGUAUUUUCAGGUCAUUGGAAGAUUUGCUGUUCAAGAAAAACUUGAAAUAUUUAUUCAAAUUGUUUGAUUUUUUUUUUUAACACAUUGGCCAUUUCCUACCAAGGUAGGGUGACCCAAAAAGAAGAAAUGCAUUUUCCAUCUUUUAUUUAAUAGCUGUCUUUCCAGAAAUGCACAGAUAUAACAAUUCAAAUAACCCUCUGAACUGUAACAUCCCCCCCCCCCAGAGUGCAGACGCUGUUCUUCCACAUAUAGAAUUGAAGUCCAGCUAACAGGUUUCCUUAAAUCCCUUCAUAUAUGUUAAUUUUCUCACAGUCCAAUAGCAUGUUAAGCCAUACAAGCAUUAGCUGUCUUGUGAGAGGUGCACAAAUAUCACAAUUCAAAUGAUCCUCUGACCUAUAACAUCUAUCACCUUUCCUUCAGAGUGCAGGCAGUGUGCACUCACCCAUUGGACUUAAGUUCAGCUAACCAGUUUCCCUGAAUUUUUUUAUAAAUGCUCCAGCAAUACAUCAAGCCAUCAAAAAACCUAGUCUCCAACUCAGUCUUAUCUAACAGGCUUGAUGGAUACUCCAACCCCUAGCACUCAAGACUGUGUUUACUCUCAACUUCCAACCCUUCCUGAGAUGAUCUCUACCCCCUUCUUCCUUCCAGACUUGAUUUAUACACCCACGUGAUCGUCCUGUUGAUAGAUCAUUUAGGUUAAGCUGUUUUAUAUUAUGUAAAUUUUAUCUUGAGAAGUUAGAUUGUUAUGACAGAUUGGUGCAAUGUAAAUUUGUUGCCAGAGAUGAAUAGAAAGCCACAGUUCCUUGGCUAGAAAACUUCACAAAAAUCCCACAGUCAGAAGAGAGAGGAUGCUUUAAGCGAUAUUUCGGUCCGAAGUCAUCCUCAGGUUUCUCUCCUGAGACCUAAGUGCAGGAUGUUUGGUAAAUUUGUUGAUAUAUAUGUCAGCACAGGGAUUCAUGACAGGUGAAGUUAACCACUGAUUAGACAAGGGAUAAAAGGCAGGUGGUCUGUUGAAGCAUCUGUGCAAAGAAAAAUUUAUCUAUGGAACCGAAAGGGGUAGUGUUCCAGAGUAUAGUAGUACCAACAUAAGUGUGAGGUUUGGUUUUUAAACAUUACUUUGAUAGGAGGCUAGAGGCAGUAGAGAUGUCAUGUUUGAAAGCAAUCUGUGCUGUGAAUAUUAUGCAGAUAAUCUGGAGCAUGGGGAAGUGGAACAGAAUUCUUCAUCCAUAAGCCAUGCGUAGAUAACAGAAAGGCACAAUAUGUGCGGGUUAUUUGUGUAAAACCAUGUGUGCCGUAAGUGGCAACUAACAUGCCAGGAGCAAGGGGCUAGUAACCCCUUCUGUAUACAUUACUAAAGUUAAAAAGAAAAGCUUUUUUUUGGGGGGGGGGGGCACCCUGCUUCGGUGGGAUACGAUUGGUUUAAAAGAAUAAUAAUUUGGAGAACAGAAAUUACAAGACUGGAGUUACUAUAGGUAUUAUUCAGAGGGACUGUAGAGGUGGUUUAGGCAUUUAGAGAGGAUGGAACAGAAUAGGAUGACAGGAUGUAGGAAUCUGGAAUGGAAAAAUUGUUCCAGGAAGGGUUGGAGAGAGGGAGGGUAAAGGUGGCUUUGAGUGGUAGGGGUUUGAGCAUCCAGCAGGCUUGUGUGAGCACGUUAGAUUGGAGUGAGUGGAGACGAGUAGUAUUUAUGGUUUGAUAUGCUGUUAGAAUGUAACGCAACAUGAAGAUAUUGAACAUUAAAAUGGUAUAAAAUACCAACAGGUUGUUAGGUAAGACACAUAUGCAACAGUUAGGUAUCUUUAUUUUGAAACGUUUCGCCUACACAGUAGGCUUCUUCAGUCGAGUACAGAAAAGUUGAUAGAAGCAGAAGAGACUUGAAGACAAUGUAAUCAGUCCAUCACCCUUGAAGUUUUGAGGUGGUCAGUCCCUCAGUCUGGAGAAGAGUAUUGUUCUAUAGUCUGAAACAAUAGGGAGUUGAAGUGAUAGGAUGGAGCCUUAUAUAGCGCCAGGAGGUGAGACGUAGGUCACUAGUAGAGGUAAGAACGUAGACGUUGGGAGGUCUACAUUCGUACCUCCUGGCGCUACAUAAGGCUC